AUGUUUCAUUGGAAUGAAUUCGAACCACAAAAAAAAGCAUUACGCACAAUUUCUUUGUUCUCGCAGGCGCACAGGCGAGAUACUUGCAACAAAAUAAUGCCUUCAUAUAUUGAUAUUGAUACAGGAGAGGAAUCGGGAUGGAGAUCAAGAUUGAGAGCCAUCAAACCUCGAAGGCUCACCUUGACUCGGACCGUUUAUGCAUCAUUCCUAGUGAUUGCCUUUCUCGUGGCUCUCUUUUUAAGGGAAGGAUUAUUUGGAUUUUUUGACAAUGUACCGUUUGGACAAGAUGUAAAAAAUUGGUUUUUAUCGAGUGUACUUUCACGAGUGCAAGGAAAAUAUGCUGUUUAUCGAGUUUGUUUUGGAUGCUUUUGCUAUUAUUUAUUGUUUGCUUUUUUGGCUUCAAGACUUUUCUGUGUAGGAGACAGAGUUCGACUUUAUAUUCAAAACAAAUGGUUUAUAGUGAAGUUACCAUUAUUUACAUUGUUCAUGAUAAUUCCAUUCUUUAUUCCUGAUGUUUUUUUAUAUGGAUUUGCUUGGUUUUCUCUAGUCAUGGCUUGUAUAUUUAUCAUUGUGCAAUUAAUUAUUUUAAUUGAUUUUUCUUUUAGUUCAGCAGAGUGGUUCAGAGCUAAGGGAGACGACUCUUCUUAUGGAUUUUGGGAUUACUUGAUGCUUGCAAUUGCAUUUCUGUUUUACGUUCUCGCUGUUGCGUUUGUUAUAGUUGAAUUUGUGUUCUUUGGAGCAGGGGCAGACUGUCACUUGAAUCGUUUCUUUAUUUCAUUUACAGUGGUGGCAGCGGUGAUCUCGACCAUCAUUGCCAUGGUGUUAAAGAGAGGCAUUUAUCCUACAGGACUAAUCUUUUUAUAUACUGCAUUUCUGUGCUGGUCGGCACUCACUUCUGAUCCAUCAAAGGCAUGCAAUUCUUUGGGAGAUUUCUCACAACAAGGCGGAACCAAUAGCACAGCAAGUUCAAUUAUUACCAUAGUUAUCAGUGUGCUUAUUACAGUUUUUGCAAUUGUUCGAAGUGCCAUAUCAACAGGAUUAAGCUUUUCAAGUUUUUUCACGAUGAGUAGACAUCCAGAUGACAACAAGUCCACCAACAAUGAUGACGACGAAGAGGUGGAUGAGAAUGAUCAAGACGAUGAUGCAAAACGAGCCGAAUGUUCAGAACUAUUCUAUGCUCAUGUAGUUUUCAUGUUUUCCAGUUGUUACAUGUCCUGUGUGUUAGCCAAUUGGGAUAUUCUAAGCAUGCAAGAUGAGCAAUGGUAUGUGGACCAUUCGCUCGCAGCCAUGUGGGUAAAAAUUGCAACUCAGUGGGUCUGUAUGGGCAUAUUUGGAUGGGCUCUCAUUGCACCAAAGGUAUUGAAAAGAUAUCGUGAUUUUGACUAUUAG